AUGCUCUCGUCGCGUGUUGUUGGUACUCCUGGCUAUAUUGCACCAGAGAAAGCAUUUGAUAUAGUGGCGGGAAGAAAGUCUGAUGUAUAUAACUACGGAGUUGUUUUGCUUGAGCUAAUAACUAGAAAGAAAUUAUUAGUUCCCUCUUUGUACGACGAGGCAAUGGAGACUCACAUUGUAACCUGGGCUAGAUCUAUAAUGAUGGAAACAGGCAAAAUUGAGAACAUUGUCGAUCCAUACCUUGUGAGUGCAUUUCCCAGUUCAAUAGCACUAGUGAAGCAAGUCAAUGCAGUACUUUCAUUAGCACUACAAUGCACAGAGUCUAAGUCUGGUCCAAUACUUACCAAACCUUUCAAUUGGUUUUUCCUAUCAUGUUGA